AUGUCUAAGAAUAUCCUCCAGGAUUAUCCUUUGGCACCGGAAAAUAGUUACAUUAGGAGUGAAGCAGAAUCUUUGAUUUCCGAAGAUGAGCUCAAACGCAGGAAGAGAAUCAGAUUGUUCACAUACAUUUGUAUUUUCAUUGUCUUUCAGAUCAUAGUCAUGACUGCUUUUGGUCUUACUGUGAUGAAAGUCAAGACCCCUAGCAUCAGAUUGGGCGAAACCAAUGUCCAAAGCUUCAACUCCGUAGCUGCAACACCUUCAUUUAUCACAAGCUUCACCACGCAGAUUUGGGUGAAGAACACAAAUUGGGGUCCUUAUAUGUUUGAUGGAAGCAUUGCAACAUUUUUGUACCAAGGUGUAGCAGUGGGGCAGGUUUUAAUUCCCAAAAGCAAGGCUGCCUUGCAUUCCACAAAGAAGAUCAGUGUUUCAGUGAGCUUGAAUACCGAUGAACUGCCAAGCAAUUCGACUCUUUGCAGUGAAUUAAACAGCGGGAUCAUGACGCUGAGCAGCCAAGCCAAGCUGACUGGAAAGGUUGAAUUGAUGCUCAUAAUGAAGAUGAAGAAGUCUGCCACAAUGGACUGUAUAACAGCUUUCGAUUUGUCCACAAAGACUGUCAAAAGUACACAAUGCAACUGA